UCUUGAGCUCUUUAUUAACUGCAUCCCUCUCGCUGAGUUCUACCUCCAUCCUACACCUUAUUCGGUGUCUGAUAUUGAGGACAAGACGUAGGUGGAACGCUUUAUAUAGUAUUACCAAAGUACGUUCGCCUUCUCGUAUUUCGUACGCCGCCACCGUCACGAUAUCUAGUCGUUCACACAACGUUGAAUAAGAGGAUUGUAAUGUUAUGAUCUUCAGAAUAUGUUGUCUUCCAAAUGUGAAACUGACAAUUUUUUGAAUAGAUUGUUGUCUGCAACAAUUACGUCUCUGUAGACAGUUAUGAUUCCUCCAAUGGCUCGGGCACUUGUCCGGAAUACCCCUACAUUGGCACCAAUACCACAUAGAGGGAUUAUAUCCGUGACGGGACCGCAUGCACUGGACUUUCUCAACGGCAUUGUCUCCUCGACCAUUCCAUCCGACUCAAAUCGCCAUUUCUUCUCCGCUUUUCUACAUGCGCAGGGUAGAGUCCUCUACGAUGUGUUUGUAUACGCCAACCCAUCUCCGGAUGGCCGAAGAGGGCACCUCAUCGAAUUCGACAGUCGAUCGUCUGAAGCACCUCCCUUGCUCUCAAUGUUGAAACGAUACGUUCUUCGGUCCAAGGUCAAGAUAUCGGACGUCUCUGACCAAUACGAUGUCUGGGCUGCCUGGGGCUCUGAUAUAGAGAAGUCUUGGGAGAAUGAGCGACAUUGGACUGUCGCAAGAAGCGGUGCUGCAGAACCUGUCUGGGAUGCUGAUGCCAAUUGGCCAUGGGGUACAGAUUCACUCAAAAUUCGUGACCGGAGAGGGGUAGGGUUGGGCUACCGGUUGCUAGUUAGAAGGGGUGAUAGACCGCAGGAAUCAUCAACUCAUGACACACAAUCAUCAGAAGCAUACACUUUGCAUCGUUUCCUCCAUGGUGUACCUGAGGGUGUAACGGAUAUUGUUCCGACACAAGCAUUUCCGAUGGACUCCAACUUAGAUAUCAUGGGCGGUCUUGACUUCCGCAAGGGUUGUUAUGUUGGACAAGAAUUGACAGUGCGGACAUAUCAUACGGGCGUAGUCCGGAAGCGCAUCUUCCCUGUUGUUGUUCAUCAUCCAGAUCAUGGGAUAGACGAUGUCAAAGCUUCAAGUCAUCAUUCGUUCCCUGCAGGUCUCGACAUCCGCCCCAACGUUAUUCACGCGCCUGGAGAUAAUACUGGCACUAGGGCAAGACCACGGGGUACCGGGAAAUUGUUGACCACAUUGCAGGGUGUUGGACUGGCUCUGCUGCGUUUGGAACAUGUUGAUGCUUUCGAACAUGGAGAAUUGAAGCUUACUUUCGAAAGUGAAGAUGCGGACGCAAGCAAGACGUUGUGGGGAGUUACGCCUUGGAGACCAUCUUGGUGGCCGAGACUUAUAAACGAGGAUGAAGAUCACUAGAGCGAGCAACCUGAAAAGCAAAUCAGUAUCUACCUAUCGUGAUAUAUUCAAUCAUCAUAUGGCAUAUGUUUCAAAGGUUGUGGUCAUGAGCUGCCAAACCUCGAGACCACGCGUACCAACCCCUUUGAGUGGUUGACGGUUUGGGUGCUGUAGUAUCUUUACGUUUGUCAUGGUGCGUCUUCACUCGCGUACAUUGGUCUUUGCCCCGGUCUCUUGAAUACUCGAUCGCACCUGACACCGAAUAGAUCAAGGCUUUGACUACGUGGCGCUUGGAGUGCAUGGUGGGUGGAAAUGGCGGUGACAACUCGUAAGACCAUAGUCAAUGAGUUUCCUAGGAUGCGGAUGGGAGAUCACAGAACGCCCGGUUACAGCCAACUUCGGGAGAGUUUCAACAACUCGCACACAUCCUCUCGCAUCGUGCUGUUCAUUGGCAGUGCAAACCGACGGCACACACUUGGAAGGUGGAUGGAACGCGUGUCACGCGUUUCCGGCCUCAUCUCACUAGUCAGCCGCCGCCUUUUCUACCUUCGGUCGUUUUGUAUCAUUUUCUACAAGGGCUCCUCUACCUCCCAAAUACAGCCUUACACUCCCUUCAAUGUCUCGUUCGUCAGCCCCACCAUCUACACUGAAUCAGAGUGAGUCUGUUCACAUCAACAAACCACAGGAAAUUGUCAGGAUGAGUUUCUUGAUUCGAACAGCUCUCAGGAUCUAUAAGAAUAGAUGCA